AUGACAAACGAUUCAGUUCAUCAAUUGGCACGCCCAAUUGGAUAUAUAUAUAUUAUGAAUGAAGAAUUUAAUGAACAACUUAAACAAAAACUCGACAAUUUGAAAGAACAAAAUAUACAAGAAAAAAUUCAACUUCUUUCUAACGAAGCUAUACAAAAAGAACCUGAAGCACGUGUAGCUCGAGAAAACAUUGAAGUUCUUCCUCAAUCAUUAAAACGAACACGUUCAAAAGCUGUACGUAUUAACGAUAGAAUCUUUUAA